CAAAAUUGUUAUUUACACAAAAACUAUUACUCAAAAGUUCUUGGACGACAUCUCUACAUUCUGUUUGGACCACUAUAAUAUCUCUGUCGGUAUUGGAAUUACAAGUGGUUUGGCAGUCACUGAUAAAAACAUUUCUAAUUUAAAAAUAGUGCCACACGACCCGGACUUUGUCAAACGGUCUGAAAUUGCUUCAAAAAAGUGUGAGACAGUUAACGUAAAAAUAAUUAAAAAAGUUGACACUUUAAAUGAUAUAAAAUUCAAAGAAAUUGUUGAUGAAAUGAAAAUUAAACACUCAAAAAUUUUGCAAUUGGAAGUGAUUAACAACGCCAUUCAAGAAUUUGAUUUUUCAGAUGUCGUUUGUAAAGAAUUGGAGUUAAAAGUCAAGAGUGGGAAUAUCAUCAAAGUUUCCAACAAGACGAAUAUCUACAAAAUGAUGGUGGAGACUAAAAAUGGUGUAAUAGAUCUUAAAAACAUUUGUAUGAACAAAUACAUCAAGAUACUAAAAAUAGAUGGGGAGGUUCUUCUCGACAAAACUGCAAAGUCGGAAUUGUUUUUUAAACCACCAAAACACUUUUUUGAGUUGUCACUGAACAUCACAAACCCUCAGAACGUCUUUUUUGAUUUUUCCAACAAUUAUGGUCUUCUACAGAAAGUUUCAUUGACUUCAAAGAACGAAUUCUACGACUUCGGUUAUUUUGAACACCUCGAGGAAAUAAAUGUGACGUGUUUAGCACCGAACGAAUGUCUUAUUAAACUUCCACAUCGUCACAAAGACAUAUUGGACUAUUACAGAUCAUCGCCAGAAAAAGUCAAAUCAUACCGGAAAGCACUUUUUGUGAAGAGUUUAGUCGCCAAAAUCAAAUUUGAAAGACUUGAGAAUUACUCAGAAAUUCACAUUGAAGGAAACAUCGAUGAACUCAAUUUAGAGGAGUGUCAAGAGUGCACUGUUUUGAUUAUUAACUCAACUGCAAAUGAGACUAAAAUAGUUCCUUACUAUUUGGACUACAACAUGGCCGUGAAUAAAGUCUUGAGGAAGAAAUAUCCCUAUGGAGAUAAUCAUAAAUUGAAAAUAUUUGGGAUGCAAGAAUUGGUAAUACAAGGGAAUGUGUAUGUUCAUGAGAAGAAAUACUUGCCUUUAGUAUACGUCGGAAUAGACUCAAAAGUAAAAAUUGAUUCACCGUUCAUUACACAAAUUGUUGGAUUUUCAUUGGAAGACCUUUAUAAAGAAUCGUAUUUCAGAGAAAAGAACGCAUCAGAAAUUAUUAAUGAAGUGAAGAUUGUCGGAAAUGUGAUGUUUGGAGACACUUUGGGAGUUGUGGAGCAAUUCGGUGAAAAGACGGUGUUAAUAUACAAAAAUGGUUUGGACCAAAAAAUUAAAAACAUUAAACCAAAUGUUGAGGGCAAGACAAAGAAAAAGGUAAUGAAAUUCGAUAGAGAUUUGAACGAAUACGACGAAGAAAAUUAUGAAGAGGAAGAUUUUUAUGAAAAUGAAGAAGAGUUGGGAGAUAAAGAAAAACAGUUUUUACUGUAA